AUGGCUCAGCUAGUAAAAGUGCAGGCGGCUAAGCCCUAUGAACUGAGUUCAGUCCCCAGGAACCAUAUGGUAGAAAGCACUCAGAUCUCGUUAGCCAAUCAGAGAAGCCAGACAGGCUGUCCAAUAAGGGGCGCUACUGGGCAGAGAGCCGGGUUCUUCGCCGCCAAACAGCGGAGCGGCUUUAGGCUUAGUGAGGUGCUUCGUGGGCUGCGAUCUGAGCGCCGCUGCCAGGAGCUGGGAGGAGAGCACCGGCAAACUCGGAAGCUGGUCAUGGACGCAGUGACAUUUGGGGAUGUGGCUGUGAACUUCACCCAGGAAGAGUGGACUUUGCUGGAUCCUUUUCAGAAGAACCUAUACAUUAAUGUGAUGCUGGAAACCUGCAGUAACCUUGCUUCUGUGGGAUUCAAAUCAGAAUACCAGACCAUUGAAGAGCAGUAUAAACAUCCUGGGAGAAAUCUAAGAUAUGAAAGAACUCACACCAGGGAAAAGCCCUAUGAAUGCAAGGAGUGCAGCAAAACCUUCAAAGGUCAGAGUUCUCUUCAGUUACAUGAACGAUCCCACACUGGAGAGAAACCCUAUAAAUGUAAGAUCUGUAGUAAAGCCUUUCUAUGUUCUUUUUUCCUUCAAAGACAUGAAAGGACUCACUGUGAAGCAAAACCCUAUGCUUGUAAACAGUGUGGUAAAGACUUUAAAGAUCAAAAUUCCUUUCAAAGGCACAAAGUUUCUCAUGUUGGGGAAAAACCCUAUGAAUGUAAACAGUGUGGUAAGUCCUUCAUUUAUCCAUGUUUACUUCAAGUUCAUGUAAGAACACACACUGGUGAGAAACCCUAUGAAUGUAAACAAUGUGACAAAGCAUUCAGAAGCCUGAGUUACCUUCGUAUACAUGAAGGAAGUCACACUGAAGAAAAGCCCUAUGAAUGUAAACAGUGCGGUAAAACUCUCAGUUGUUCUAGUGCCCUACAGUUACAUAAAAGAACACACACUGGAGAAAAGCCCUAUGUGUGUAAACAGUGUGGAAAAGCCUUUAGGGGUUUCAGUUACCUUCGAGUACAUGAAAGGACUCACACUGAAGAAAAACCCUAUGAGUGUAAACAGUGUGGGAAAACUCUCAGUUGCUCAAGUUCCCUUCAACUACAUGAAAGAACCCAUACUGGAGAAAAACCUUAUGAGUGUAAGCAGUGUGGUAAAGCCUUCAGAGGUCUCAGUCAUCUUCGAGUACAUGAAAUAAUUCACACUGGUGAAAAACCCCAUGAAUGUAAACUAUGUGGUAAAGCCUUCAGAUAUCAUAGUUUACUUCGAGUACAUGAAAGAACCCACACUGGUGAAAAACCUUAUGCUUGUAAACAAUGUAGUAAAGCCUUCAAAAGUCUCAGUAAUCUUCGAAUACAUGAAAAAACUCAUAGUGGUUUCUAUGAAUGUAAACAAUGUGGCAAAACCCUCAGUUCUUCCAAUUCCCUUCAAGUACACGAAAGAGCACAUACUGGAGAAAAAUCUUAUGAAUGUAAACAAUGUGGCAAAACCUUUAGACGUUUCAGUAAUCUUCAGGCACAUGAAAAAACUCAAGCUGAAGGAAAACCCUAUGAAUGUAAACAAUGUGGUAAGUCCUUCAUUUAUCAGUAUUUACUUGAAAAACAUGAGAAGUCUCAUACUGCAGAAAAACCCUAUAAGUGUACGAUAUGCAGUAAAGCCUUUAUUUGCCCUUCUUUCCUUCAAAGACAUGAAAGAAUACAUAGUGGGAAAAAAACCUAUGAAUGUGUACAAUGUGGUAAAGCAUUCAAAAGCCUCAGUUCCCUUCAAUUACAUGAAAGAGCUCAUGCUAGAGAAAAGCAUUAUGACUGUACACAGUGUGGUAAAACCUUCAGAUGUCACAGUCUCCUUCAGGCACAUGAAAGAACCCAUACUGGUGAAAAACCCUAUGAAUGUGAAGAAUGUGGUAAAACCUUCAAAAGUGCUGGUUACCUUCGAAUACAUGAAAAAACUCAUAGUGGUUUCUAUGACUGUAAACAGUGUGGUAAAAUUCUCAGUUGUUCAAGUUCUCUUCAAUUACAUGAAAGAACUCACACUGGAGAAAAACCCUACGAAUGUAAACAGUGUGGUAAGGCCUUCAGAAGUCAAAGUUCCCUUCGAAGACAUGAAAGAAUUCAUGCUGGAGAGAAACCCUAUGAAUGUAAACAGUGUGGUAAGUCCUUCAUUUAUCCAUGCUACCUUCAAAUGCAUGAGCGGUCUCAUACUGGAGAGAAACUCUAUAAAUGUAAUAUAUGUAGUAAAGCCUUUCUUUAUCCCUGUUUCCUUCAAAUGCACGAAAGAACUCACACUGGUGAAAAACCUUACGAAUGUAAGCAGUGUGAUAAAGCCUUCCGAAGUCAUAGUUCCCUUCAAAUGCAUGAAAAAAUUCAUACAGGAGAAAAACCCUAUGAAUGUAAACAGUGUGGUAAAGUUUUGAUAAGUCAUAGUUCUCUUCAGAGGCAUAAAAUCGCUCAUGUUGGAGGAAAACGCUAUGAAUGUAAACAAUGUAGUAAGUCCUUCAUUUAUCCAUAUUUACUUCAAAUUCAUGAAAGAUCUCACACUGGAGAGAAACCCUAUGAAUGCAAAGACUGUGGUAAAGCCUUUACACGUUACUGCUCCCUUCAAAGACAUGGAAAAACGCAUACCUAAGGAAAAACCCCUAUGUAUGCAAACAAACAUGCAAGAAUGUUUAGAAUUUCUAGUUCUCUUCAAAUAUGUGGAAGUACUGGGAAAAGAGCUAAUGAAUAUAAAACAAAUGAAGGCUUUAGGAUUUGUUUGCUUGCUUGCUAUGGAAAGCUUGGGAGGACUCACUGGAGAAAAUUCCGUGAAUCUAAGAUAUAUCUUAAGAUCUUUAGUUCCAUUUGAAGACAUCAAAAUAUCUGGUGUUAAACCAAAUAUUCAUUUCUCAAACAUCUACUCAAAUACUUAAGCUAAUGUGCCAUGAAGGUGGUCCUAUAAAACAGGCAUUGGGCUGAAACUGCUGCAGUUUGGAAAGUAAAAAAAAAAAGUAAAAGCUCAUAGUUUAAUUACAUUAAAAAUCAUGUGAUAACUCCAACUGGGAGAAGAAUCUACAAAUUUAUGUGAACACUGAAGCAAAUCAUGUUCAACGUGUCAUAGCAUGAAUGAAAAGCUGUGUAAUUUGUAAAUGUCUAGUGUUCACCAGUGAUUUGAGUUUGAAGAAGAUCCCAGCAGCAUCUGAUUGUGCAGAUCUGUACUCUUGGGUACUUUGGUUUUGAAGUAGGAGAUAGUAAGUCCAAACUACUUAAUGAGACCACUCUCAAUAAAAAUUGGAAAAAAGAUAGGUAAGUAGCUCAUUUGUUCAGCACUGGUCUUCUAGUUUGAUUCCCACUCCCACCAUCAAGAGAAGUAAGAAGGUCCCUAGGUGAUGAAUUUCUGCUUCUUUUGCAAUAAAACAUUGAGACGAAGGUUUUCUAAGUGUAGACAUGUACUUUUAGCAGCAGACAUAAUUGGUGAUAAAGAUUAUUAGACAAUGUCCUAAUCAUAGUGUAUUCUUAUAGUGUAGACUACCAUACACUUAAGCUAUAUGGUAUGACUUCAAGACUCCUCUAGUCUAUGGAAUGUUACUUUAUUGCAUAUUUUAGGCAUGGUACCAGUAAAUAUGUGUCAAACAAAUGAUUUGGCAUAAAAAUAAAUGUUCUACCAAUGAAGAGCACUUAUUGUGAGUAGAGUUUUUAGGACUAGAUUUUGUUCUAUCAGAGACUUUUAAGUGAAUAUAAAGUCAUAGGACAAAUUAAUCUGUAAACUUUAUCAACACUAUAGACUUAGUUGAUAGUAUAUUA